CACUGUGGGACAUGAAUCGCCUAUAGACGCCACCGCGAACACAACACUGCGAAGUUUUUCCUCCGAACUUGAGCGGAUCCAGUGACGAACAUGCGGUAAAACCGCUCGAGGUUCCUUAGGCUGACGGAGCGGCAUGAGAAAGCGGAGCAGCGCAACCCAGACUGCCGAACAGCGCAGCGACACCGACGCCGGCUCUCUGCUGGACAGCGACCCGGAGCUGAAGCAGCGGCCCAGCAGAGGAACAGCGGAACCUCCAGCAGGAGGCUGCCGGGGUCCAGAGGAGCAGCGGGUUAUGGGGAAACCGUUCCGUAGGUUGUCUGUGAUGGGGAAGCUGAAGAGGGCUUUCCUGUGGAUCUUGGUCUUUUACAUCUCCAUCCCCUUCAUCAUCAAACUCUGUCCCUCCAUCCAGGCCAAACUGGUCUUCCUCAACUUCGUGAAAUUGCCCUACUUCAUUGACUUAAAACGACCUUUUGACCUGGGACUGAAUCAUACGCACAAUUAUUACCUGGAUCCUGAAGAGGGCGCAAGAGUCGGAGUGUGGCACACGGUCCCUGCUCACAUGUGGAAAGAAGCUCAGGACAGAGGCCGAGAUUGGUUUGACUCCACUUUUAGCUCCGCCCACCCAGUCAUCCUCUACCUACACGGGAACGGAGGCACCAGGGGAGGAGACCACAGAGUUCAGCUAUACAAGGUCCUCAGUUCUUCAGGUUACCACGUCGUCACCUUCGACUACAGAGGUUGGGGAGACUCAGAUGGAACUCCCUCAGAGAGUGUGAUGACGUCAGACUCUCUGUUCAUCUACGACCAACUGAAGCAGCAUCUCAACAAAACUCCACUUUACAUCUGGGGACACUCACUGGGAACAGGAGUUGCCACAAACCUAGUCAGACGACUGUGUGAGCGAGGAACACCUCCUGAUGCUCUGAUCCUAGAGUCUCCGUUCACUAACAUCAGAGAGGAGGCCAAGAGUCAUCCCUUCUCUAUGGUUUACAGAUUCCUGCCGGGUUUCGAUUGGUUCUUCCUGGACGCUAUAACAGCAAACAACAUUCGAUUUGCCAGUGAUGAAAACGUGAACCACAUCUCCUGUCCACUGCUGAUCCUCCACGCCGAGGAUGACGGCGUGGUUCCAUUCCAUCUCGGAAAGAAGCUUUACGACCUGGCUGCCCAGUCCAGCAGCCUUGCCGGUCACAAGGUUCAGUUUGUUCCCUUUCAUUCGUCACUAGGAUACAGACACAAGUUCAUCUACAGGAGCCCUGAGCUGCCAAACAUCCUGAGUGAUUUUCUGGGCACAGCGCCUCCUGUGGAACACUGAGAAUAAAAAGGGACGAUUCUUCCUGAGUCACUUUAAUCUGAUCUGGACCCAACUCAAAUAUCAUCAUUCCAGUUUUUUUUUAAACGUCUGUUACUAUUUCAUUUUCAUUUCCUCCCAGCACAGAGAAAUGAACUGAAGAAAAUACUGUCAAGGCUCAUCAUCUUCCUCUUUAACGCAGGCUAACGUGUUUCUUUUAAAUGUUUUUGGUUUGUUUUUAUUUCCUGGGGAACAAUAGUUCAUCUUUGACUGUACACUUUUUUAAAAAUGCUCUGAGUUUAAAAACCUGUUAUGACUUGAAUUAUAAAUGGAAUAUUCCUUUAA